AUGGCCGUGGCAGAUCUACUAGUUGUCAUAUUUAACGUCAUUCCAAAAGUGAUAUAUUUCUAUUAUAAACCUCCCCUUUGCAAUAUCAUAAAUACCAUGAGUUACGUGUCUGUGGCUAGUUCCGUCUGGCUCACUGUUGCCUUCACCUUUGACCGGACAGUGGCCAUCUGCUUCCAGAGGCUGAAGACCAGAUACUGCACUGAGAAAGGUGCAGCUAUCAUUAUUGCAGUAGUGAGUGUGCUGAGUUUGUUCACCAACAUCCCGUGGUAUUUCACAUACAGGUCUUAUAUCUGCUGGGUAUCGCUUGAUUUCAUAAAUUCUCCCAUGUGGCAAGCCUUUGACUGGGGGCACCGUGUUUUAACCCCAGUUGUCCCCUUCGUGCUGAUCCUGCUGCUCAAUGUGGUCACUAUUAGGCACAUUCUGAUGGCCAGUGUAGCCCGCAGGAGACUGAGGGGUCAGCGGAAUGGGGAGGAGAAGGAUGACCAAGAGAUGAAGAAUCGAAGAAGAUCCAUCAUUUUGCUCUUCACUUUAUCGGCCAGUUUUAUCCUGUUAUGGAUGACACAUGUGGUCAUUCUUGCAGUUGAGUAUAUUACUAUGCAAUAUUUCGUAAUGACAUCUUCAUAUCUCGUGGGUCAAAUGAUGGGAGUAAUGCUUCAGUCAUUCAGCUCCUGUACCAACAUGUUUAUUUAUGCCAUCACCCAGAGGAAGUUCCGAGAGGAGAUGAAAAAUGUUGUGAAAUAUCCCUUUAGGGCCAUCCUGAGAUUCUGUAGAAGUUAA